AGUAGUAACAGGGCAUAGAGUUUGGCUCGAGCAAUCGGUUUAGUGUAAAAACAGGUAAAAUGCUGAGUCGGUCACUUAGCAUGUAACGUAUUUCGUUUUAGUAUGCUCACAAACAGCUUACAAUGAACCCUGUGAGCGAUUUGUGAACAAUUUUCCUGAUUAUGGGUGGAUUCCUUCCCGUGGCGUUUGCGGCGGCCUGCGGGCUUCUGCUGGCCACAAUUUCUCCAUAUGUUUACAAGGCAUUUGUCGGGUACUACUCCAGUAAUCCGGAGGCAAUGGCAACCGAGCUGUUUGAAGAGUUUUGGCAGUGGAGGCUGAAGGAUAGCCCCGAGUUCGCUACCAUGGUCGGCUUUCACGGUUACGACCACCUGUUGGAAUCCUACUCGAUAAAGUCGUUUCAAGACAGAAAAGAGAAGGUUCAGUAUUUCCUCAAAAAGGCAAAAGAGCUGCUGCCAAAGUUGGAAGACCAAUGGUCUCAAGCAAGCCUGAACAUACUGAUUGACGGUCUGGAUGGAUACCUUCGUGGUCUUGACACAGACGGCCACCUUUAUCCGAUCAGCUUCAUUGAAGGAGUUCAUGUGGACAUUUUCCAGACCAUUGACUACAUGGUGUUCAAUACUGUGGAGGACUUCAAGAAAUUAUUGUCCAGAUAUGAGAAACUUCCUAAGCAGCUUGAAGAAAUCACAGAACUGAUGAAAGAAGGGAUCAAACUUAAGAAAACCGCACAUGCUGUGUCCAUGAAAAAUGUUCUGGAAAGACUAGCCUCAUUUGAAGGGCCAGCUGAGAAGUCAGAGUUUUUUCAACGCUUUCAAAAGUACCCUGAUGGCAUUUCCGAACAAGACAGAAAAUUUCUCAAGCAGGAUGCAUUGAAAGUAAUAGAGGCAUCAGUGCUACCUGCCUUCAAUAAGCUAAGAAAGUUCAUUAAAGAGGAGUACAUGCUUCACCUAAGGCCUGAAAUAGCAGCCACCUCACUGCCGGCUGGCGAAACCUACUACAAAGAGUGUCUACGAUACCACCUUGAGCUUGACCUUACUCCUGAGGAGGUGCAUCAGUUGGGUUUGGAUGAAGUGAAGAGAAUAUCGGACAGCAUGAAGCAGGUUAUCAAGUCCCUGGGUUCUGAUGCAAGCCCAAAGGAAUUUUCUGAGAUGAUUCGCAAUGAUUCAUCUUUCCUGUGCAAAUCAAGUGAGGAGGUUGUGAGGAUGUAUGAACAGCUGCUUGAUGAAGAAAUCAAUCCUAAGCUGCUAACUAUUUUCUCCUCAGUGCCAAAAUCCCCUCUCAGAAUUCAGCUUCAAGAUGCCUCCAAAUCUGGUGGGCCAUGUGCCAUGUACAUCCAAGGCACAACCGAUUUCUCUCGCCCUGGAAUAUUUUAUGUCAAUGCUGCCGACCUGACCAGAUCGCCCAAGUACCUCAUGGCUGCGUUGGCAUUGCAUGAAGGCAACCCUGGUCACCAUUUGCAGGGCUCUUACGCUAUGGAGCUGCCUGGCAUGCCAUCGUUUCGAAGCCAGAUUGAAGACCGGCGCUACAAUGACGGACCUGUGCACUUCCCUCUCCACACUGCCUAUGUUGAGGGCUGGGGCUUGUACAGUGAAUACCUUGGCUAUGAGCUGGGUGUCUACAGAACUCUCCAUGACAAGUUUGGACACCUGUCCCAAGAAAUGCUUCGUGCCUGUCGCCUUGUGGUUGACACAGGGAUGCAUGCACUUGGUUGGUCCAGGGAGAGAGCAGUGCAGUACUUGCUUGAGCACACUUCGUCUAGCCAAGCUGAAGUGGAAAGUGAGAUUGACCGCUACAUCACUUGGCCUGGACAGGCAUGUGCUUACAAAGUUGGUGAACUCAAGAUCAAACAGUUACGCCAGAAAGCGCAGGACGCCCUGGGUGCAAAAUUUGAUGUCCGAGCAUUCCACAAGGUCAUCCUUGACAAUCCUGGCCCACUGACCUUCCUAGAAAAACAAGUCAGCAAGCACAUUGUGGAAACAAAGGGUCAUUAAGACGAGAGCUGCAACAAGUUG